CAGUUUUACACAAUAAACAUGGAUAAUGCUAGCAACUGUGACACCACUGCUGAUCAUUUGCAGAGGCUCAUUCCCAACUUCCGGGGACAGGCCUCUCGUUUGCGAUGUUUCCCUCAUACCGUCAAUCUCAUCGCAAAGGUACCAUUAUCAUCUUGGUAG